UUAUUGUUGUGGGUUUGGCAUUAGUUUUUCCCUAUUUCUCGAAAAUGAAGCGAGCAGUUAGUUAUAACGAUGUUGCUGCGUUUGUUUCUAUGCCUCUUUCUUCUAGUCAUAUAGAAAGUAAUAGUUCGGAUGAUGAUGAAGAGUCAAAAUCUUUUCCUAUGAAGAAACUGGCUAUUGUAAUGGUAGGUUUACCUGCGAGAGGUAAAACACAUAUUGCUCGAUAUAUUGCAAGAUAUUUGAAUUGGUUGGGUCGCACGACACGAGUGUUUAAUGUUGGCAACUACAGGAGAGAACUAGUUGGAGCAAGUCAACCUGCCCAGUUUUUUGAUCCCAACAACCAGGAAGGAAGGCAAGCACGUUGGGAACUGGCCAUCAAGUGUUUAGACGAUAUGAUUGCCUGGUUAAAGCAUCAACACGGACAAGUGGGUAUUUAUGAUGCUACCAAUAAUACUAAGGAAAGAAGGAAGUAUGUCAAAGAGCGUUUGGAAGCAGAGUGCAUACGAGUACUCUUUUUGGAAAGUAUUUGUGAAGACAAAAGUAUUAUCGAACACAACGUGAUGGAAACGAAACUGCGCAUGCCAGAUUAUCAGAAUAUGGACCCUGAAACUGCAGUAGAAGACUUUCAAAGGAGAAUUGCUAAUUAUGAAGUAGCCAAUGAAACUAUUGAAGAUGAUGAGAUGGUAUCGUACAUUAAGAUAAUCAACCUAGGUCGAACUAUCGUGUUGCAUCAGUUGACAGGAUAUUUGCAAGGAAAGUUAGUUUCCUAUUUGAUGAAUAUGCAUACUUUACCGAGAAGUAUUUAUUUGACUCGUCAUGGAGAAUCGGAGUAUAAUGUGGAAGAGAGGCUGGGAGGGGACCCAGAAUUAACUCCCAAAGGACAACUCUAUGCUGUUCAAUUAGCGCAAUAUAUUCAUAAGGAGUUUACAGCUCAAGGAAAGGAACUUCCCUUGAUAUGGACUUCGCAACUUCGACGCUCCCGUCAUACGGUACAGUUCAUUCCAACUCACAAUAUUUGUUGGCGAGCUUUGAAUGAAAUCAAUGCUGGUCUUUGUGAAGGAAAGACAUUGAACGAUGUGAAACAAUUGUAUCCGAAGAUUUACGAAGAUAGAAUGAAAGAUAAACUCCACUUUCGUUAUCCUGGUGGUGAGAGUUAUGUGGACGUAAUUCAAAGACUCGAACCAGUUAUGUUGGAAAUGGAACGAUUGAGAGAAUCCAUUCUCAUUGUUAGCCAUAAUGCAGUUAUAAGAGCUAUUUAUGGUUUUCUUAUUGGGAAGCGACAAGAAGAAUGUCCCAAUUUGGAAGUUCCUCUUCAUGUUGUUAUCAAGCUAACACCUCGUGCUUAUGGAUGCGAAGAAGCCAGAAUAGAAUUGAAUCCACAUGAAGAAUUGUUGAGUGACUCUCCUUCUGCUCCUUCAUCGAAUGUGUAUAGUGACGCGAUUCCAAAACAAGUAUAUUUUGGGUCAUCUGAAAAUUCAUUUUCUGAUGGAAACAAGAAUUGAAAAAUGCAACACGGUCAUUUGAAAC